ACAUAAAAGUAUAUAUGUAUGGUUACAUAGCUUUUACACGUGAAAUAAUGUUAUUUUAAUUCAAAUCAAUUUAAAAAUGAACGUAUUGUUUUCCAUUAAAUAGAAGGUCUGCAGUCUGCAAUAAACUAAAAAAAAAAUGCCUCAAAAUGAGUAUAUGGAGCGGCACCGUAAGUUAUACGGUCGACGACUUGACUACGAAGAGCGUAAACGUAAGAAGGAAGCACGUCUUCCGAAGGAACGUGCACGUAAGGCACGUAAGCUCCGAGGCAUUAAGGCAAAGUUGUUUAAUAAAGAGCGCCGAAAUGAGAAAAUUCAAAUUAAGAAAAAGAUACAAGCACAUGAAGAGAAAAAGGUGAAGAAACAGGAUGAGAAAGUUGAAGAUGGAGCGCUCCCACAUUAUCUCCUUGACCGAGGCAUUCAGUCUAGUGCUAAGGUCCUUUCAAAUAUGAUAAAGCAAAAACGCAAAGAAAAAGCUGGAAAAUGGGAUGUACCAAUACCUAAAGUACGUGCUCAGUCUGAUGCGGAAGUAUUCAAGGUUUUAAGAACCGGCAAGACAAAAAGAAAAGCUUGGAAACGCAUGGUGACAAAAGUUACAUUUGUUGGCGAAAACUUCACACGAAAGCCACCAAAGUUUGAACGCUUCAUUCGUCCGAUGGCACUUCGGAUGAAAAAGGCACAUGUAACGCAUCCCGAAUUAAAGGCAACAUUCCACCUGCCAAUCAUUGGUGUUAAAAAGAACCCCAGCUCGCCAAUGUUCACUUCGCUAGGUGUGAUAACAAAGGGUACAGUUAUUGAAGUCAAUAUUUCGGAGUUAGGCCUUGUAACUCAAACUGGCAAAGUGGUUUGGGGAAAAUACGCACAAGUCACAAACAAUCCUGAAAAUGACGGAGUGAUAAACGCUAUACUUCUUGUUUAAGUGACGUAACAUGCGUUGUCUUUAAGGUCAAUAAAAAAUAAAAAUAAAAA